GUCUAGGCCAUGUUGACAUCUUUCUCGCUUCAGAAUUGUGAUAUGUUUCUUCUGUACUAAACUUCAGUUUCAGGAUUCUGGUGGUUCUUGGUCCUGUUCUCUGUCAAAGCCAGUAAUGCCGCUUGUUCUUUGCUGUUGCUGACACGAAAGAUUCAGGUUUCAUCAUGACACUUCUGCGGAAAGCAAACUUAUUUACUCUUGUUUCAAUGCUCUGUUGUGCCUUGAAGUUUUGCGUUGGAGGGGAUGUCAUCACAGCAACUGAGCACAUCCAAGACCCCGGAAGUAUAGUGUCGAGUGGAGGUCUCUACAAAUUGGGGUUCUUUAGCCCGAAUAGUUCGGCGAAUCGGUAUGUUGGAAUUUGGCACAACAAGAUCCCUGCAUAUAGUGUCCUCUGGGUUGCCAACCGUGAUAAACCAAUUUUAGAUUCUACUGGGGUCAUGAUGAUAUCUGAUGACGGUAAUCUGGUGCUAAUGAAUGGGAAGAAGGAAGUUAUUUGGUCAUCAAACGUUUCGACCUCCAUAACAAACUCGAGUGCCCAAAUAUUAGAUUCGGGAAACCUUGUCUUGAUAAAAGGAAGUUCGAGUUCUGUUGCGAAUGAUUCAGGCAUACUCUGGCAAAGUUUUGACCAUGGGUCCGACUCAUUUCUCUCAACAAUGAAGCUCAGCACUAGCGUAAGAACAAAUGAGAAGCACGUAUUCACAUCCUGGGAAAGCCCUUCUGAUCCAUCAAUAGGAAGCUUCUCACUUAGUCUCGAACUGCUGAACAUUCCUGAAGUUGUCAUUUGGAAUGGCAGUACAUUGUAUUGGCGGAGUGGUCCAUGGAAUGGUAGUGUCUUCAUUGGAAUAUAUAACAUGCGUUCGGUCUAUCUUGAUGGGUGGACCUUAGUAAAUGACAAGGAAGGAACUAUCUAUCUAACCUACAAUUUUGCUGAGGCGUCUUACAUUUCCUACUUUUUAUUGAAGUCAAAUGGAAUUUUUGUGCAGCCAUACUGGCACGAAGAGCAGAAUGAUUGGCAGAAUGUUUGGUUGACUCGGGAUAGUCUUUGUGAUGUUUAUGGCACAUGCGGGCCAUUUGGAAUCUGCGACACCAACACAGUACCUAUUUGCAGCUGCUUGAGAGGCUUCGAGCCUAAGAAUAUCGAAGAAUGGGGGAGAGGGAAUUGGUCUGCAGGAUGUGUCCGGAGGUCAUCGCUUCAAUGCGAAAGGAUUAUUAAUGGAAGAACUAAAGCAGGAAAAGAGGACGGAUUUUUGAAGAUAGAGAAUGCAAAAGUGCCAUAUUAUGCAGUUUUGUUUUCCCCUUUGGAAGACCAAUGUCAGAAGCUGUGCUUAAAUAACUGUUCGUGUGCAGCAUACGCGUAUGAUGCUGGCAUCGGUUGCAUGUACUGGAGCGGAGACUUAAUCGACAUACAGAAGUUCUCCAUUGAAGGAGCUGACCUUUACAUCCGACUGGCCCACACAGAAUUUGGUGAAAAGAGAGACCUGAGAGUAAUCAUAGCAACUGCUGUGAUUGUGGGAACAAUUGUUUUCAUUGUUCUGUGCUUUUUCUGGAGAAAGCUGAAGAAACGGCGAGCAGUAAGAAGACGCACAGAAGGAGAAGCCUCAUUAGAAGUUUCCGGCGAAAACAUGCUUGGAGAGAAACUGGGCAAAGCUAAUGUCCAGGAGCUAGUACUAUAUAAAUUGGAAGAAUUGGCCACAGCAACAAGUAACUUCAGCGACACCAAUAGGCUAGCGCAGGGUGGUUUUGGGCCAGUAUACAAGGGGAGACUGUCAAAUGGCAAAGAAAUAGCGGUCAAAAGACUAUCGAAAGCUUCAGGACAAGGGUUCCGGGAAUUCAUGAAUGAAAUGGAGGUCAUUUGUAAGGUCCAACAUCAAAAUCUUGUUAAAAUCCUUGGAUGUUGUGUCGAAGGAGAUGAGAACAUAAUAAUCUAUGAGUUCAUGCCAAACAAGAGUCUCGACACUUUUCUUUUUGAUCCACUCAAGCGCGAACAUCUUGAUUGGAGAAGAAGGUCCAACAUCAUUGAUGGAAUCUGUCGAGCCCUCCUGUACCUUCACCGGGACUCUAGACUAAGAAUAAUUCAUAGAGAUCUAAAGGCAAGCAAUAUCCUGUUGGAUGAAGAGCUCAAUCCAAAAAUUUCAGACUUUGGUAUGGCAAGGAUCUUUGAAGGCAACGAAGAUCAAGCAAAUACACGAAGAGUCAUGGGGACCUAUGGUUACAUGGCGCCUGAAUAUGCAAUGGAAGGGCGUUUUUCAGAAAAAUCAGAUGUCUUUAGCUUUGGUGUAUUAUUGCUAGAGAUCAUAAGUGGACGACGGAACACUAGCUCUAUCGAGGAAGAUCGAUCCUUGAGCCUUCUGGGAUUUGCGUGGAAGUUGUGGAAAGAAGGCAAUGCUCUAGCACUAGCAGACCCAAAAAUAUCUGUUAGACGCUUUGAAACAGAGGUUUUAAGAUGCGUAAAUGUGGGUCUUCUUUGCACACAACUUGCAAAAGAUAGGCCCACCAUUCCGACCGUCAUUUCAUUGCUCCACGGCGAAAUGGUGGAUCUUCCUAGCCCGAACCAGCCAGCGUACACUGAGAGGCAACCAAUCCAACACACAGAUGGCUCCGAACAAAGCCAAAAUAGAGGUUCUAUCAACGUCACUCUCGCAUCUAUUGAAGGCCGAUGA